ACUAACAAAACAGGCAUUGGCUGUCAAAGGAAGCACGCGCACCUCCCUCUUGAUGUACGCCAAGACGCAAGGUCCAUGGCAAUCUUUUUGCAGGCGAUUUUCUAGAAGAUGAAAUUACUCGCCAUCUAAAUCAAUUAUUCUUUCAACUGAGUGCAUGUUACGUAACUGGACAUCAGCGGAGGUAAUUUCCUUAAUGUAACCGAAAAGGACGGAAUAAUGCUUCCGAGUCCGGUCACUUCUACGCCGUUCUCAGUCAAAGACAUACUGAAGCUGGAACAGCAGCAGUCUCAACCGCACCUUCAUCUCGAGCAACCGCGCGCCCACUUGCAUCGGGAUCUGCUAGAGCAGCAGCAACAUUAUCAACCGCCCCCUUCGUGCAUGCUCGCGGCACGGGAGAGCCCUGCUUUCUCAGACGGGGAGGACAACAUGUCUUACCUCAAUUCUAUGCCUGUGCGGGACAGCCUUUGUGAAGCUAGCCUCUCCGCAGGGAUAUUCGUUCAAUCGGCACUAGAACAUUUGGUUGACCCCAAGUUAGAGGCUGAUAUCGAGGACCCGGACACUGAGAGCUGUGGCGUCGUAACCAAGCCGCAGGAAUGCGAGAACGGCCGGCAUUCGGAUUCGGAAAGGCCCAACAAGCAGAGGACCAGGAGGAAACCCAGGGUCCUCUUCUCCCAGGCCCAAGUGUUUGAACUCGAAAGACGCUUCAAGCAGCAGAGAUAUCUAUCAGCACCGGAGAGGGAGCACCUAGCUAGCACUCUGAAACUUACGUCUACCCAAGUCAAAAUAUGGUUCCAGAACCGAAGGUACAAAUGCAAACGACAACGUCAAGAUAAAUCUCUGGAAAUGGCAGGACACCACCAUCCGCCACCACCGAGACGGGUUGCAGUGCCAGUUUUAGUCAGAGAUGGCAAACCUUGUUUAGGGGGGUCGCAGAAUUAUAAUGCGCCCUAUUGUGGCGCAAACCCUUACACUUAUAACGGUUACCCGGCGUAUACUUACGGCAACCCGGCAUACAAUACCAGUUACAGCUGUACCUAUUCGAGUAUCCCUGCUCUGCCUUCUGCCACAACGGCUAACGCGUUUAUGAACAUGAACCUCGGCAAUAUUGCGAACCUCAGCAAUUCCUCCCAGCCACAAGCACAUCAAGGAACGUCGGUUUCAUCGUGCCAAGGGACACUGCACGGCAUCCGUGCUUGGUAGCUAAAAGCGUUGCAAAACCAGGCAAAGGUUUCCGAUUUACCUGACGCCAGUACUGAUCAACUCAUUUCAGCUACUAUGGAAAUUCAUAUUUAAAAGUGUUAGUUAGACAUAUACAUUGUCAGCAGUAUUUCUGAAACAAGUGUUCUUGUUUGUGUAGUAAAGUUUUUAGGAGAUGGAUGAGCCCAUUAAGCAACGGUGCAAAGUGUUUACUACAGUCAGCAAUAUUUCAAGAUAUUUGAUAAGUAAAAUCACAAAACUGUAUCGAGGAGUCGUGAUUUAAACGGAACACUAUUGAGGCAGUCUGUUUUGUGCUGCUAUCGUAGGUGAACUAUUGGAUUUCUACGUGUAAACUUCACAAGGGCUUUGUGACCUCUGGAAUUAAAGGUCAUUGCGAUACAAAAGACCGGUGUAAUGAUGUCAGGAUUACUUCAAACAAAAUCCACACACCUUCUACAGUUCCAAAGAAAAUCAAUGUAAUCUACACUGUCUUUGUUUUAAUUUCAUGAUCUAGCCGUCUUUUAUAAGGGCAGAAAUGGUUUACGAAUAUUUUAUUAUGCCACAAACAAAUUCAGGCUUUCCAGAGUCUCCUUUACAGUGAGUUCUAUUUCGUCUCGUUAUGUAGGGUUCUGAUUAGGUUGCUUCCUAUGAUAUUCGUAUUUAUUACUCCAGAGUACUUUUUAGUCUUUAGCCUGAAACGUAUUACCAAGAUAUAUUUAUGUGAGUAGGUUUUAGCGAAAACGAAUGUUGCAAUACCAUCUAGGCUACAUAUAUUAAGUAUUCUGCCAAGUGAACUUGAAUCCAGGGAGUUGUGUAUAGUUUACAUAUUUCCAGCAUAUACUGAUAAUCAGAAGCGAAAAUGACUGAAUCCAUAUGUGUGACUGUAUUGCUCGUAGUGAAAAUAAAUGCCAGUGGUUCAUCUGAAAAGAAAAAAUCGUUAAACUGAACAUGU